ACUGCCCAUCGCCGCCUCGCCAGCCACUACCCCCACCUCCCUGUAGACCAAACACCAGGAGGAGAGAGAAAAAGAUGGGAAACCCAAAGCAAAAGUGGACUAACGAAGAAGAAGAAGCGCUACGAGCAGGCGUCGCUAAACACGGCGCCGGUAAAUGGAAAUUGAUCCAGAAAGAUCCCGAAUUCAACCAAUACCUCCAUUCUCGCUCCAACAUCGAUCUCAAGGACAAAUGGAGGAAUAUGGCUGCUGCAGUUCAAGGCUCUAGGGAAAAAUUAAGGCCUCCGAGGCCAAGGCCCGUUCAAGAUGUUCCUGCUGUUCCCUCUGUCCCUUUGCAAACUCCUACUGUUGUUCCUGCACCUGUUAUACAUGAGUCACCAGCUGAUCAUGUCAAGGAUGAAUCUGGCAAGGACUUACCUGAUGCAAAAAAUGGUCCCAGGUAUACCGAACUAAUCUUUGAUGCUCUCAAAGAUCAAAAUGCAAUGGAUAUUAGUUCAAUUUUAGCUUAUAUCGAGAAAAUGAGCGAUAUACCGGUACCACCCAAUUUUAGAAAACCGCUGGGGGCAAGGUUGAGAAGACUUGUUCAACAAGAGAAACUCGAGAAGGUUGAAAGCAGCCUCUACAGGCUGAAAACCAAUACAGUGGAGACAAAUGCAAGCAAUCAGAAAGACACCUGGCCUAGACCGCAUCCACCCGCUCUAUAUACAAAGGUUGGUGAGUCGUUAGAAGAAGCAGCAAAGACUGCUGCGUACAAGGUUGUUGAAGCAGAAAACAAGUCAUCCGUGGCAGCUGAGGCAAUAAAAGAGUUGGAGAAAUUCUCAAAGAUGGCAGAAGAAACAGAUUCAAUUCUGCAAUUGGCAAAAGACAUAUUUGACAGAUGUACUACUCAUGGUGAAAUUCUUCUUGUUGCAUGAUGCUUGUCAAAGAAGAUUUACAUUUUGAACCAACAUCAAACAGCAGUUUCUGAGUAUAUAUGCAGCAAUAGCAUUUCCCCAGGCAUAAAGCUGGAACGUGGUGCUUAGUUUGUGGCUCCCUUCCUCCCAAUAUGCAGCAGUAGCGGCGUGCUCACCUUAGUUAUAUUGGAGAAUAUGAAUGCAGUUGAAAACUUGGAAGAGCUAGUUGUAGGAAAUUUUCUGAGUGAGCAUACACAGAUGACGAUAUAAGUGUAGCGUGUAAUUAUAAAUUAUAGUUGGAAGAUUGAUAACCAUGUCUUAGUUGUCCAAUUUGAUGCAGAUUUUUUUCUUGUAUCUUCAAUAUUUGACUAUGCAGAAACUUGGAGCUA